ACCAAUGCCUUUCUCACUCUCAUCACUCACUACAAAUCCACCCCGUCACUCCCUCUCUUCUGAUCCACAAUUGGCCGUUAAAAAUUCUCAAGUCCUUUCCAAUUUGCUUCUUCUAAAGAAAAACUAUCCUCGCAAGUCAAGAGAUCCAUAAAACAAGCCUUUUUCAACAGUUCACUACAAACCCACCAUGCCAGAAACAUCAAACUUGCAAGAGAACCAAACGACAACACCAUCUAAUACUCGAAAAUGGCCCGAUAAAAUGAUAAGAGAGCUAAAAUCUCAACAAAGAUUAACCUUUCCAUUGGCUUUCAUGAACUUGACAUGGUUCAUAAGAAUAGCCAUCUCAACAGCAUUUCUAGGCCGGCUAGGAGAGCUUCAGCUGGCAGGCGGCGCGCUUGCCUUCACUUUCGCUAAUGUCACAGGCUUCUCCUUCUUGAGCGGGCUAUGUGGCGCCAUGGAACCCAUAUGUGGCCAAGCUCGUGGAGCUAAAAACGUCAAGCUCCUCCACAAGACCCUUCUCAUGGUAACCCUUUUGCUGCUGCUAGUGUCAAUUCCUAUUUCUUUCUUGUGGCUCAACGUUGACAAAAUCCUCAUCCAUUUUGGCCAACAAGAAGACAUUGCAAUCGUCGCGAAAAAGUACCUCUUCUAUCUCCGUCCUAACUUAGUAGUCGCCUCUUUACAAUAUCCUCUCAAGACAUACUUGAGCUCACAAAGCAUUACAGCUCCUAUCAUGCUCAGCUCAGCUCUUGCGCUUGCUUGCCAUGUCCCCAUCAACAUCUUUCUCUCCAAAGCCAAGGGUCUUGAGGGGGUUUCCAUGGCUGCUUGGAUCAGCAAUCUCAUAAUUGUGAUUAUACUAGCCCCAUAUGUGUUUGUGGUGGAACACAAAAAGGAUGGGAAAUGGAAACAAGGUGGAUGGUGGGACCAAGGAUAUGAAGAUUGGAAGAAGCUUCUCAAGCUUUCAGGAGCAUGUUGCCUCACAACCUGCCUUGAGUGGUGGUGUUCUGAGAUCCUAGUCCUUCUAUCAGGGAGGCUUCAUAACCCCAAACAAGCAGUUGGGAUCAUAGUCAUUGUGCAAAACUUUGACUAUCUUCUCUACUCUGUCAUCAUUUCCCUCUCUUCUUGUGCAUCAAUCCGUGUGUCGAACGAGCUAGGCGCGAAUAGAUUGGGGCCUGCCCGUUACGCAGCCUAUGUGUCUCUUGUAGUGAGUCUGAUCCUAGGCUUCAUAGGUGGCUUGUUGAUGGUUGCAGCCAGAGGAAGUUGGGGGGCUUUGUUCAGCCAUGACAAGGGGAUUAUAAGAGGCGUGAAGAAGAUGUUGUUGUUGAUGGCUUUGAUUGAAAUGAUGAAUUUCCCUUUAACAGUUUGUGGAGGAAUUGUUAGGGGAACAGCUAGGCCAUGGCUGACUAUGUAUGCAAAUUUUGGGGCGUUUUAUCUCCUUGCUUUGCCUUUAGGGGUGGUUUUUGCCUUUAAGCUUGGGUUUGGGCUUGGUGGAUUAUUGACAGGGUUAUUAAUAGGGGUUGCUGCUUGUCUAGUUCUGUUGUUGGUGUUUGUUUUCAGGAUCAAAUGGGAUAAAGAAGCCGGUAAAGCACAAAUACUUGCCUCGGUUAACGUUCCUCAUGCCUCUGGCUCUGAAAUGUCGGGUGAGUAAUGAUGGGGAAUGAGGAUCACAAAACUGUAGAAACAGUUGAUAAUGACCAAGUACAAGAAUAAGAGAAUUCUUUGGUAGAUCAUGAAAAAGCGCCCUAUUGGUUCUAGGCCAUCAAAAAAUUUUCGGAUUUUGUUGAAUUCGUAUUGGUAAUUUUUAUUGUGAUACCAUUCUGAUGUGAUUUGAAUAGUGGGAACUGUAUUUUUUUCCCUAUCAGAGAAUCCUCAAUGAGAUUUCAAAACAAAACAGUGAGUGUUAAAUUAAUACAUUAGCGACAAAGCAAAUGAGGUUUUGGUCCUCCCUACUUAGGCGAGAGUUUUUCCUUCUCAUUAUUAGCUCUUGUUUAUUUAUGCAACUUUCAUGAAACAGGAAACUGCCGGCAA